CAAUAACAGCCCAGAAAAAGGCGAAGGAAACGGCUCUUGGGUUGAAGGGGGGAACCGUUUCGACGAAGGAGCGACCCGUCGAAAGCGCCCCCUAAUCCCAUCCAAUAUGCCAUUUCUGAGAUUCUUCAGAUCUCUCCUUUCUGGACUCGACCUUCCUCUCAGAAGUUAUCGGCUGUGAUGCUUUGUUUUUCUUCAUAAAUGCAAAUCUGCAGAUCUGUUCCGUCUUGGAUUUGUCAUAUCGUUGCAUGCAUGGGAGGUUGUCUUGGAUGCUGUAGUAAGCCCACAGAGAUUAUUGGUGUGUAUGAGUCACCAAAGGGACUGACAAUUCAAGGAAGAACAGCAAUGAGACCUAGCCCAGUAGAGGAUUUCUGGAGCACUAGCACAGGUGAGAUGGACAAUAGUGCAGUUCAGUCCCAAGGAAGCAUUUCAUCUAUCAGCACAUCAAACCAAACCUUUGAUCCCCACAGUAAUGCGGGCAGCACAAGCAACCCACCUGAAUUUGUAAAUCAUGGUUUGCUUCUCUGGAAUCAGACAAGGCAGCAAUGGAUUGGAAAUCAAAAGUCUCAGAACAGGAAACAAGUUCACGAACCCAGAAUAAGGUCGGAAACUUCUAUUGACCAUGGUUGGAAUGCAACAUAUGAGAGUUUACUGGGGACCAACAAGCCUCUCCCCCAGCCUAUCCCUCUCCCUGAAAUGGUAGAUUUUCUUGUUGAUGUCUGGGAGCAGGAGGGCUUAUACGAUUGAGCAAGCAAAAGCACAAAAACAUUUCAAAGUAUUAUGUUCUCAGUUGUAACUUAUACAAGGUUUUGAUAACUGAAAAUAUGUUGAUCAAAGACAAAGCAUGAACUACAAUGUCCUUCCAUUACUGUUCAUAUGAGCUUUUCCCUCUUUAUAUACAACCUUGCUUGAUCUGCC